AUGACUAUCCUCGGAAUUCAUGACUACAUGCGACGCGAGCAUCUGAUUGAUACCGAUGUCAACAUUCUACAAUACAUUCAACAACAACAAAUCAAUGUGCUUGUAAUCGACUUUUGUGCCGAGUUUUUCGAGACUCUUAAAGAAACUAUUGCAAUCCCAGUCUUUCGUGAACUGCUUCAAGGGAGGAGAAACGUUGAGCAACAUGCUCAAGCAGUCGCGGAUCGUGUCAAUGACUUUGUUGAUGCAGUAAUUGAACGACUAGAAAGACUGCAGGAACAAACUGGCGGAGAUAGGAUUAUUAUCCUCGUCAUUGAUGGGGAGCGACUCUAUGCCAAAAACGACACGCACAGAAAUCGAAAUCAAAAACGCCGGGACGCCUAUCAUCAAGCACUGAAACGGGUACCAGAUACUCUCUCUGACCGUAUGCUCAGGCGUUUUGCCUACAAAUGGAUCACUUUUACCGACGCUAUCAAGGAAGCUAUGACAAAUGCAUUGAAUGGACGUCAAGUCGGCCAAUUUAAUGUGGAACUAUUUGAUGUACACAAUCCACAAAGACAACCAGGGGUGUAUUACUUUACUGCCCAAUUUGAAGCUGAUCCCAUUGUCGUACAUGUUGCCAAGUUGUACCACGAUCAAGUGAAGGCUAUUAUCUCAAAAGAUGGUGAUCUUUUUGCUUACCAUGAGGGACCGAAUGACAUCUCCCGUAUAACCAAAUUUGACUGGAAUCUUGGUGAUCGCUUUGGCCAAGGGCAAGUUACAUCCAAAGCACGCUUGCUACAGCAACUUGGGUAUCAGAAUCUGGACGCUCCUGGGGUCAAGGAUAGGGCGGAAACUGAAUUCGCUGUCAUAGCAGCAACAAGUGGCAAUGACUAUGCCACCAACGAGCGAAGAGUUGGCUUCGCCACUAUUAUCAGAUACAUGCAACAAUUACGACCCAAUUUCGCUGAAGAUAUCGAUGCAAUCGGGAUCCUUUAUGUUCUCAUUAGCAAGAUAGCCAUGGAGAAAGGAUUUCAAGAACUAGAUGGCCGUGUGGUGUUGCGGUUUCAAAUAGCUCUUUACCAGUUUUGUCGUCCCCGCUUACCAAGUCCUGCAUUGGGAGAGAUAAGAUUUACUCCACCGCAAGCAGAAGGAGCCCUUUGGAACGAAAUCUGGAUUUACGGAGGCCCUGUUCCUGCACGUGAUCAUGUACAGAAUCCUGGAUCCCGGUAUACUCCUCUACGACGUGACAAUGAUUAUUUCGAUAUUGAUAUCGAUAACACUGAACAAGAGAGGAUUGACCCACCACCACCAGCACAAGAAUCAAAGCGUCCAAAGAAGCAAAUAAGAAUUCACAAGAAGGCGUUCCAGAAAAAAGAGUUUCCAGAUGAACAAUCUUUCAGGCAUCCAAACAAUGAGGGAGGAAGCCAAGGAACGUAUUCGUAUCGUUCAAGGGGAAUCGUUACAGCCCAAGCCGGAUUGUAUUCUUCGGUGCUGGCUGCAAGGAAGAGGACACGACGGGUAUCCAAAGGUGUGGUAGCAAAGGAAACAUUCUAUGACCAAGACGACGAGACGGCGAUUCGCCAAGCUGGUCUUGUUACACACGUGAUAAGAAACAUCGCACGAGACAUGUCGUAUAUGCGUUAUGCUGCCUUGCACAUGGCCAAUGUUGCUAUACGCAUUGCAAACCUCCAUCUGGAUCAGCAACAUAAAAACAAGUUUAAUGCGCUUUUUUUCGACAAGCAAAGCGCAAAUCUUUGGCGUGAUUUCUUGAUCUGUGCUGCAAAGUAUGAUCCCAAUGAGAGGGUGUACCGGGCGAAGGCUUUACAAGCUCAAGGAAUGGAAUAUCACGAAGGACACUUUGAUUUACUCAAUGAGGAUGGAUCCCUAAACAACGACAAAGCAUUCUUGAAAGCUUACCGAGAUGAUACAUCUUUCCUGGCAUUACACAACAAUAUGGUCAAGCUGGGUUUUGCUCGAAACGUUUUAAUGGUGGCUAGAAAGAUAUGGCACCAUCAGCUUGGACAGAUGUUGGAUAACGCGCCUGUUUAUUCUUACAUGAGCCUUGCUGUUACUGAAACAGCCAACAAUCUUGACGAGGUUUUCCGCGCCAAUACCAUAAGGAAUUUCAAAAGUCGAUACGUGGUGUAUUUAACCCAAAGGGUGAAGCAAGAAGCUCAAGGUCCCGUGGGGUGGCCGAAUACGACAGAAUGUGUUCAAGCAUUAGUUAACGCUGUCAACAACAACCAACCAAUACAAGGAAUAGCGAUUGCUGAGGAUCUUGUGCAGGCAAUUGGAGAUUUCGUGGAGAAGAUGCGUAUAUAUUAUGCAGAUGAGAAUCGGCAUUUUAAUGUCGACACUUGCCGACUUGAGCUUGUGAGAAAAUCGACGUCUCCAGAUCAUUGGCCCGAAGAUAUCAACAAUUUGGUGAAAUACCUAUUCAAUGCUAUAUGGGACACUCCUCUAUAUGAUGGCGAAGAAACAACCGAGAAUGACGAGCAACAAGACACGACGAACAUGGCUCAGAUGGUGCAAGGCCUUCCAAUUCCCCUACAACAAGGAAUUCAAGGGUUCAUAGACCAUGAACGCGAGGUAAUCGCUCCAUAUGUUGGUGGAUUAAAUUUAAGACAAUGCCUUGGUUUACCCGCCAAUGAAACUGCUGCUGAAGGAAGCAAUGUUAUCCCUAGUGGUGAUGAUGAAGAAAUAAUCUUCGAUCUUGAUGAUGCGGAGUUGGAGCUAGAAGAUUCAUUCUUUGGUCGUGUCCAAUCGAAAAAUGGUGGACCGCUGCUAGGCUUGUCUGCAAGAAUGCUUGAAGAAUGCGCUGGUUUAAUGACUUUUCCGUUGGCUCCUUUACAACAAUUUGGUCAAGUACACAUACCGAUCAACCACUCCUUCGUCGAGAAAGAGCUUUUACGUCAUUUCGAUAUCUUCUCGCGCUCAUACAUUGAUGAGAAGGAUGCCAACCUGCAACAAUUGCGAGGAGAAUUUGAAGUCCAACCAAAUGCACCACUACAAAAUCAGAUUAACGAGCUGCAAGAUGAAAUAAUCCUCUUGAAUCAGGACGUCAACCAGUUGAAACGCGCUUCAUCAGCGAAUCUUUUCGAUGAGCUAUACGACAUCAAACAUUGUGGAACUGUUAUCAGCAUGAAUGGAAACGUCAACAGGGUCAGUCUAUCAAACCGCAAUUAUUUAAGGUGGUUAAACCAGAAAAUACCGGAGCACGAUGAUGUCCACCAAAACACGAAACGCCGGUUUACUGCGCGCCCAUACUUUACCACGAAUGGCAUAACAGUAUCCGCGAUAUAUGUUGACUGGCAGAAAGGGAAAAGAGACGAUAUGAGCGCAAGAUAUUUGAAGGAGAUACGGCGUACAACCCGAGAGCAUCUUGUCCAUGACUUUCAUCCACUACCAACCACGGAUCCUGACCUAAGCAUCCAUUACCAAGGGGUUGUAGGCCUAGACUUUGGUGAAGUCUGCGCCGUUGCAAGCGUGUUUCGUCCAACAGAUUCAACAUUACCUGGAUCUCAGCUUGUAGUGAAGCGAAAUUUUCUGUACGGCAAGACAGCAGCUUUGGUUCUAUGGCUGGAAAAAAGAAAGCGAAGGUCGGAUCAAGAUAUAUUGGGGAUUGAACAGCAGCUUUCGGUUGGAUCAACACAUGGGACAUUAGCCGACUACCACAUUUACUUACAAGCCUUGAAAGAACACAACAGAGGGAAGAGACUGAUGGAGUUCUAUUCCCAUCCAUCAGUUUUAAGGCGAAACUGGAGCAACAAGAUGUCGCAACAAUCCGCCCUCGAUAAGACAUGUAGCUUGAUAAUAAAUCAAGCUGCACAAGCUCGUGAAGAAGUUGAUACUCGCCCUCUGGUGUUUGCUUUCGGAAUGGAUGGUUUGAGUGAAAAAGCAAGAAAAGGUCAACCUUCUCCUAUGGAUCACAAAGUUUCAAGAGCCUUAUAUCGCAAGAUUCGCCAGCUCAACGCGCGACGCCGAAGACCUAUGAGACAUGCGUUAACACGUGUUGAUGAAUACAAGACAUCGAAAACCUGUUGCAGAUGCAUCAAGAGUAGAGGAGUGCUACCGGUGAAUGAGAACGUUGAAUAUUUAGGGCGUCCUCCAAGGAUUGGUGAUGCAAGAUCAAGAGUUGACAAUUCAGGACAAUUCAGGACGUUCAGAGUUGUUCGCUGCAAUACCUGCAAUCGUAUAUUCCAUCGUGAUGGAAACGCGGCUGAGAACAUGUGUACGAUAGCACGCUAUUAUCUUAGAUACAAUAGAAGGCAAGCCCGCUUCAUAAGACCUUCUAGAGUCCAUCAACCUGCUCCAUAA